AUGGUUGAGUAUAUCAGUAGUUGUGGGACGUUUGUGCACUUGUCGGUGAUACCGUUGUUGACAUUUGUCGUGUUAUACGCGUGGUACGUCAAGCGACACUCAUGCGUGAACCACAACAUGGCGAAAGGGAAGCGUCCGUCAACGUCAAUACGAAUGUGCUAUGUGUUUGGGUCUGGCGGCCACACUGCUGAAUUAUUAACUCUUAUAUCCGCCUUUAGACAACAGUUCGGUCAUCGUAUAUAUAUUGUUUCCGAUACUGACAAACUAAGCGGACGAAAGAUAAUCGAAUUUGAAAAAUCGCAAAGCCUGGGAAACUUCCGAGUAGAACGAAUAAGCAGAAGUCGGGAAGUAAAACAAAACUACAUUACUUCAAUAUGGACAACAAUUUGGGCCUGCAUUGAAAGCUUAUUUUUGAUAUGGCGAAUAAGGCCUGAUGCAAUAAUCUGCAACGGACCAGGUGUUUGCUUACCAAUUUGUUUUGCUGCGGCACUGUUCGAUUUGUUACGACUUCAUAAUGUGCAAUUAUUUUAUAUUGAAAGUUUAUGCCGGGUAAAAAAGCUGUCAGUAACCGGACAAAUUUUAUAUAAAUUACGCAUUCCUGACAUUUUUUUUGUGCAUUGGGAAGAUCUUGUUCAUCGCUACCCACGUGUUUUUCUGAUACCAUGCACUGGUCGGGUCCAAAAUAUUCGUUAUGUAAGUGAUUCCAGUGGAGGCUAUGGUUGUGGGAUGAUAAAAUCAUGUCUUAGAAGCUAA